AUGUAUUCAAAUAUCAAGGCGGCGACAAAAGAACUCAAAACUUUACAAGUUCCUCCACCCGAUGAAAAGAUACAAGACUUGCAAGAAACGGAUGAAACAGAAGAUAUAGGCACAUGUGAUCAACACAAAGAGAGAAUUUCAUUCUUCUGUGAAACAGACAACACUCUUUGCUGUCAUACGUGCAAAAAGGAGCAGCAUGAAAAAUGUAAAGGCAUUGAACCAGUAUCUGAGGAAAUAUUAGGGUGGCAAUGCAAUCCAGCACUGGAAAUACCACGACUUCAGACUGAAGCUCGGUUGCUUAGUAAUUGGAUUUCAUCCGUUGAAAAAACACAUAACAAAGGAGAAGUAACUAUUGCUGCAAAAUUUGAUGCACAGAGGAACGCUUUCCUAAAACAAACCGAAAUGGAAGAAAAAUCACUAAAACGGAAGGCAAAAAUAGUCAGAGAUACGACAUUAAUCGAGAUAGAGGCAUAUCGCAGCCACUGUGAGGACUUUCUAGCAAAAACCGAACAAGCGAAACUUUCACUGAUAAAUAUGGCUACAAGUGACAAAAAAACGGAAAAUGUCAUCGCUAAACUUACAUUGGAGAAACUUGCAAAGGAUCUAAAUUCAUUUCCAGAUAUACAUCUACCUUUAUGCAAUUUUGACGAUUUUGAAUGUGAAUGGAAAUUUGAACAUAGUGAGUGGACUCAGAUACAAGAAAUGGUGAGUCCUGAGCAGAGCCCUGUGCAGCUGUGUCGGAUCGGUUCUUUUGAAAUAAAGUCGAGUGAAGACGAUGCAGAUGUACCCUUUUUCACGGGUAUUGAUUAUCUACCUGACGGUAGACUGGUUGUCGCGGAUUACAACAACCGUAAAUGCUUGGUUUUCAAUGAGAAGCUUAUGAAAGUAGGAUCACAUCAGUUAUCGUAUCAUCCAGAGAGUUUAGCCGCUGUAUCUGAGGCGGAAGUGGCGAUAACAAGUGGUUGUCGUUACAAGAUAGAUAUUCUUCGUGUCAGCAAAUCUAAUGAAAUAACUUUAUUAAGGACAUGUGAAGUAACGGUUAGCUAUGACUCUAUAUGUCUGAAGGACGAUGGACACUUUGUUGUUGGAACUAAAGAUGAUUCCAGAACAUUUCGAAUUGUAUCUCUGUCAGGAAAAGAGGGAGAUUUCAACAUCCCGAACAAGAAAGAUCCUGAAUGCCAAAUUCAAUGCAAGUAUAUAAGAAACAGAGAAAAAAUUGCUGUAACUGAUAAAAAAAAUGUAUUUGUGUACGAUAUAGCGACCAAGCAAAAGGUUGUCGUUGACGAGGACGCCAGGAUAGCUGAGCCAGAAGGGGUAGCAGUAGGACCGUUCGAUUGCAUCUUUGUAUGUAGCGGAGGAACAAACAGCAUUGUACAGCUUUCUCCCUUGGGGCAUGUCUUAACAUCUCAUAAUAUAGAUAUGUUGUCUCCACAAGCAAUUUGCUUUUCACAAGACAAAACAAAGCUUGCUGUUGCAAACUGUUGUCUUGGUAAUCAAUGUUUGCAAGUAUUCGAAGUAGUUAUAUGA